AUGGUCAAAAUUGCUAUUGCCGGCGCGUCGAGUGAACUCUCCCGAGAAAUCCUCGACAGACUUGUCGCCGCCGAAAAGCACGAGAUUAAAGCUCUUGUCCGAAAGAACCCAUCGGAUUUCCCCAAGCUCAAAGGUGUCGAAUGGAUUCAAACAGAUUUCUCGGACAAGUCAGAGCUUGUAGGUUUGCUGCAAGGAGUAGAAACUGUCCUCUGUUUUUUUGCCGUGCACCUUGAUUCGGGAAGCGAGAAUCAGAAACGCCUUAUCGACUCGUGUGUUGAGGCGGGUGUCAAGAGAUAUGCUCCGUCAGAAUGGGGACCCGGCGUCAAGCUCGUUGAUUCCCUCGACGUUAUGUCCUGGUACACGGGCAAAGUAGAGGUCGCCGAAUACCUGGAGAACCUCAACUCGAAAGAAAAGAUUCUCGAAUACUGUCGGUUCCAACCUGGCUCAUUCAUGGAUUAUCUCUGCCAUCCACACAAAACGUCCAACUAUCUUACUACCACAACUACCAACUUUGACUUUGAGAACAAAACCGCACUGGUGGUGGAAGGCACACUUGAUGAUGAGAUCGUGUAUACUUCCGCCGAGGACGUCGCCAAUACUGUCACCCUGGCAGUAGAUUACGAAGGCGAAUGGCCAACCAUUGGAGGCAUUGUCGGUGAUAAAGUUACCAUUCGCAAACUUUUGAAUAUUGGAGAAAAGCUAAGAGGAGAACCAUUCACGAUUGAGUGGCUUAAACUUGACGACCUACUUGCCGGCGAGCUGAAAACAGACAAAUACCCUCGUCUUGCACUGCCAUCUGUUCCCAAGGACCAGAUCGAAGCGUUCUCUAAGAUGGUAAUCGCUGGACUGUUGAUUGGGUAUCAUCGAGGCGUGUUGACCGUCUCAGACGAGUGGAAUAUGCGUCUUCCUGAGUACAAGUUUACUAAGGCCGAGGAACUUUUGGGCCGUGUUUGGUGA